GUUUUGCAGAACAGUUUCAUUCAGUAGACAGCUCGGUACGGUCUUAUAAUCGUGAAAGCGCUUGCAGUGACGACGUUUAAAAGAUUUUUUUUCUUGGUUAGGGCAGGUGGCUGUAAAAACAAGUAUUUAAACGAUUCUGAGUAGAGUUUCAAAAGGUUUUUUGCGUAAAUCGUGUUGUCGACGGUGUACACCGUUACGCAAACAAGUGUACCAGUUAAAAAAAUCAACAUUGGAAGAGUUUUCUCGCAGAAAAAAAAAUGAGCAGAAUGCAUCAACAGAGUUCCAAAAAAUUUCCCUAUGACUUCGACGGCGAGGAUGAAAACGAGGAUUCGUCCGGAUCGGACUUUGAUGAAGAUGAAGAUCCAGAUGAAAUCGAGGUUCCUGGCGGAGGUAAAGAUCUUGCCACGGUUGCCACUCUCACGCAACUGAAAUCCACGAAGGCAACGGUUAGUAAUGCGUCUGCUCCGAUGACAGCAUCGAACGUGUCGUCUAAAUCAACCGAUAAGAUUCCCAGUGGAUUGAUAACAAAAUCGACAAGCACCGGAAACUAUGAAGUGAUCAAACAACCUACCAUUCUUCGACAACCGGGAACUGGCAGCAGUGUAUAUGGAAUUGGAAAUAGUAGUGGAUUGAGCUCUGUUUCCUUUGCUGCUGGUGGAAGUAAUAGCAGUAAUAGUAGUAGUAGUAAGAGUUGUGCUAAUAAUUUAACUGGAUUGGGUACGAAUAUCAGCAAAGCAAUGAAUCCAAGUAGUACAUCAAUCAUCUCGCUUCCACAUGGAACAAACAGCGUUUUGGGUGGCUUAGGUAGUUAUUAUCCGCCAAGUAUUGCCAGCCUGUUGGCGCAAAUGAGCAUGGCGGCUACACUCGGUUUCGGUAGCAGUUCAUCAAUAAAUAGCGUCGGUCAGAUGACAAGCAACCAGAUCAUGCUCGAACACCUGAAAGCACUAGUAACUGCCAAUCCGCACUACCUAACCAGUGGUAUACCAACGAAUCUGCUCUCUCAGAUCUGGAUGGCGGAUCCGAGCAAGGUAUCGCAACCAUCGUUCAACUAUUUGAAUCAAGUUCCUGAAGAAGAAGAAGCGGAAGAAGAAGAGUUGGGUGUAGCAGAAACAUACGCGGAAUAUUGGCCAGCAAAAUUGAAGAUCGGUAAAAAGCACCCUGAUCAAGUAGUAGAAACAGCCUCCUUAUCAUCAGUUGAGCCGUCUGAUGUAUACUAUAAACUGUCGAUACCUCCAGAAACGAUAAAUUCGGGUCAGUUGAGUGCACUUCAGUUAGAAUCUAUAACUUACGCUAGUCAGGCUCACGAACACUUACUACCGGACGGUUCCCGUGCCGGCUUUCUGGUUGGUGAUGGUGCCGGUGUGGGAAAAGGCCGAACGAUUGCUGGAAUCAUUCACGAAAAUUAUCUGAAAGGCCGUAAGAAAUCUAUCUGGAUCUCGGUCUCCAACGACCUUCGUUAUGACGCAGAACGUGAUCUGCGUGACAUUGGAGCCGGUAGAAUUGUUGUUCAUGCGUUAAAUAAGCUUAAAUAUGCAAAAAUCAAUUCGACGGUUAAUAACAACACUAAAAAGGGAGUCAUUUUUGGUACUUACUCUGCGUUGAUUGGUGAGUCUCAAAGUGUGGCUACCGGCAAAUAUAAAACACGACUCAAACAGCUUCUACAAUGGUGCGGAGAAGAUUUCGAUGGCGUCAUUGUAUUUGAUGAAUGCCAUAAAGCGAAAAAUCUUUGCCCGGUGGGCUCUAGUAAACCUACCAAGACGGGACUAACUGCACUGGACUUACAGAACAAACUUCCUAAGGCAAGGGUUGUAUAUGCAUCUGCAACCGGUGCUUCAGAACCCCGCAAUAUGGCUUAUAUGGUACGGCUUGGAAUUUGGGGUCAAGGUACACCUUUUCCUACCUUCAUGGAUUUCAUAACAGCAGUUGAAAAAAGAGGUGUGGGAGCGAUGGAAAUUGUGGCUAUGGAUAUGAAACUACGAGGAAUGUAUAUUGCACGUCAACUGAGUUUCCACGGAGUGACUUUCAAAAUCGAAGAAGUGCCACUGACGCGAGAGUUUAAGCAGGUUUAUGAUGAGUCGGUUGAAUUGUGGGUGCUUGCAAUGCAAAAGUUUACAGAGGCUGCCGAGCUGAUCGAUGCCGAGAAUCGCAUGAAAAAAACUAUGUGGGGUCAGUUCUGGUCGGCACAUCAACGAUUUUUUAAAUAUCUAUGUAUUGCAUCUAAGGUGAAUCAUGCAGUCAAAGUAGCUCGGGAAGCAAUUAAGUAUGGAAAGUGUGUGGUUAUUGGCUUGCAGUCUACUGGUGAGGCGAGAACGCUGGAACAGCUAGAAAGAGAUGACGGUGAACUUUCUGAUUUUGUCUCUACGGCCAAAGGCGUUUUUCAAUCUCUCGUAGAAAAGCACUUCCCAGCACCAGACCGGGGUCGUAUCAAUCGUCUUCUUGGUUUAGAAGGACCCAAGAAAACACAAUUGGAAUGUAUAUUAGAGGAUAUAGACUCAAAACCUUCCGCUAGUGGUAGUGAUCUCAAACGCAAAAGCACAUUUACUAAAUCCGAAACGCAAACAAAGGCUAAGAAAUCUCGUCGGAAUUCAUCUGAUGAUGAUUCGGACAGCGAUUCUGACAAGUCUGAAGGCAAGGCUUCCGGCAGUGACGAAAGUAACCAUGAUUCGGACAGUGUCCGUAGUAGUGACUACAAUCCAUUUUAUUCCGGUUCGGACAGUGAUGAUGAUCCGUGGGUUGGAAAGACAAACAAACUCAAGCCUAAAAAUUUGAAAAGUCCAAAAAAGAAACCUGUCUCGACACAGGACAAAAUUCAAGCACAUCUGUCUAAAAGGCAGAACGAAACGAAACCUGUAACUAUACAGGCUAGUAACGGUAUUUCCAUUCAGCUUGGACCUCCACCCAAGGAUGCGAUUGAACGAGCGUGCCAAAUGAAAGACGAAUUAUUAGCAAAAAUAGAAUCGCUUGGAUCGCGCCUGCCGGCUAACACACUAGAUCAGUUAAUCGACGAGUUAGGUGGACCUGAAAACGUUGCAGAAAUGACUGGUCGAAAGGGACGGGUAGUUCAAAGUGACGAUGGUUCGAUCCAGUAUGAAUCCCGGUCAGAACAGGAUGUGCCAUUAGAAACUUUGAACAUUACUGAGAAAAAACGAUUCAUGGAUGGGGAAAAAGAUGUUGCAAUUAUAUCAGAAGCGGCAUCCAGUGGUAUUUCGCUACAAAGUGAUCGACGAGUUCGUAACCAACGACGACGAGUUCACAUUACACUCGAAUUGCCCUGGUCUGCCGAUCGAGCCAUUCAACAGUUUGGUCGCACUCAUCGGUCCAACCAGGUCAAUGCACCAGAAUACAUGUUUCUCAUAUCUGAUCUAGCGGGUGAGCGACGAUUCGCUUCCACCGUUGCCAAAAGACUCGAAUCGCUGGGUGCCUUAACACACGGUGACCGACGAGCAACAGAGACACGUGAUUUGUCCCAAUUCAAUAUAGAUAACAAAUACGGGCGUUCAGCAUUAGAAUCAGUAAUGAAAACCAUCAUGGGAUACGAUCAGCCACUAGUUCCGCCUCCCAGCGAUUAUAAAGGAGACUUUUUCAAAGAUAUUGCCGGGGCACUAGUUGGUGUUGGGUUGAUUGUCAACAGUGAACAAAUGCCUGGAGUGCUAAGCUUGGAUAAAGAUUACAAUAACAUUUCAAAAUUCCUGAAUAGAAUACUUGGAAUGCCAGUUGAAUUGCAGAACAGGUUGUUCAAGUAUUUUACGGAUACACUUACGGCUAUAAUUGAACAGGCGAAAAAGCGUGGUAGAUUUGAUCUUGGGAUUUUAGAUUUAGGAGCAGCAGGUGAAAAUGUCACCCGUGUUAAAAUAACCAAAUUCAUCAGAAAACAUUCAACCGGGGUCGCACCGACCGAAUUACACACCGUACAAGUAGAGCGAGGAAUGAUUUGGCAGGAAGUUAUCGAUAAGUGGGCAGAUUUAGGUGGUGAAAAGGAAGGAUUUUAUCUAUCGAAACAGGCCAGAAACGGUAAAUACGCUGCAAUACUGGCUGUCGAAAUUGAAAGCACUACCAGUGGAAAGAAAAAAUUGGAGCCAAGGAGCAAAAAGGAUAUUAUGUUUCAAAUCUAUCGACCCAACACGGGUCUACAAUUUAAACAUGAGUCUUUGGAUGAAUUAGAAAAGAAGUAUAAGAAGGUUCUCAGUGACGAAGCUGAAGCGCACUGGGGCCAGCAAUAUGAUGCAUCAGUGAAUACUUGUUUGCACAGCUACUGGAAAGGGAUGUGUCGACAUACAACGAUGGGGCAGGAAUGUGAGAUUGGACUGAGGAGAAGAACGUACUACGUGUUGUCUGGGUCGGUUUUGUCGGUAUGGUCACGAGUGGAAAACAGUUUAGCUUCUCGUGUCGGUAAUCAGAAUCGUAUGCAAGUACUUCGUUUGAAAACGAAAGAAGGGAUUAAAAUUGUAGGAACUCUUAUACCGAAGAAUUGUGUUGAACACCUGGUUAAAGAUAUGAGUAGCGAUUCUGAAAAAGUCGAGGAGCAAACGUUUGAUUGUAAGUAAAUUGGUUGUAGUCGUUAUAGUGGAACCAUAUUUUAUAGUUAUUCGUGAUACUAUCGUUAAGAGGCGGGCAAAUGUAUAGAUAUUACUGGACUGAUAAAAUUAUGUCAACUCAAUAUCUCCAUGGAUUAUAUGAACAGUUGGUAAUAGGAUCGCUUUCAAACCUAAACACUUAAAUUCAUCAAACCCCUUGAUAACCUGUUGUAUAAACUAUUUCUGAUUGUGAAGUACCAUAAUUUAGUACCAGUAAAGCUCUUCUUAGAACUCGUACAUUAAGUCUGACGAUAGCUGCUAUUUGAUAAUAUAGGUGUUCGGUUGUGUGCGUAUUCACGUCUAUUAGUGUUUGAUUGCCCUGUCUAGGCUAAACAUUAUAUUAUCGUUGUCAUUAAACAACGAUACUCAAAACCAAAAAUCUAUGAAUGUCGUUAAAUGCCGUGUUACGUUCAAUUUUUUCAGUACGAUCUACCCUAAAACGUGUAAAUUGAAAUGCAGUAAAUUUUGUAGUUCGUUAAUUUUAAUUCAAAUACAAUGUACAAAGUAAGUAGGGCUACUAAGGUAAGUAAUCAUUGCAUAGUAGAGAAUAAACUCGUUGUAAAGAAA